AUGGAUGACUCUGCCGUCGCCCGCGUGGAAUUGCAGCGGGUCGAGCUCGAGAACAACAUUGCGAAACUCCGCAGAUCGCUGCGACACUGGCAGACACUUGAGAUUGACUACGAAGGACUCAAAGAAGAAUUUCUGGGCAUUCCCGAAGAUGCUUCCGCUGAUGACUGUCUCCUAGCAGCAAGAGAUUUCAAGCCAGAGACCAUCGACGAAAAUGGGUUGCAGGAUCUGCUGAGGGAUAAAAAUUCCAAGCCUCGCCAACCUCGUCAGCUUGUGGAUUUGCUGUCGAAGCGUGUCGACUAUGUCAUCCGGAAUAUUGAGACAAUAAGGAAGCAAGUCUCCGACGCAGAAAAGAAACGAAAUGCUCUGCUGCUUGCUGAGGAACCUGAGCAUCGAGAUGAUGCUGGCUUACCUCUGGCCGAAAUUACUGAGGAGCUCGAUGAAUCCGGACAGGUCAUAUCCAGCAAAGUAGAGACGCCAGGCGCUGGCGCUCCUCAGCUGAUAGACGUGUUAAAGCAGGCUGGCGUGCAUGACCUGGAGGAGACGAACGGCACAAUCACAAAAGCUGAGCCUUCAGCAGAGCAGAUGAAGGUGCCUGCGUUGGGCGCAGAGGAGGAUGAGGCUGAUGAGAAGAGUCAUCCCAACAAGGCACCAAUGACUGCUACAGAUCAAGGGGCGACGUCUCCAGCAGACAUCUUCCCGACAAACCCGAAUGACACGGAAGCUGAGGCUGAAUUACGCCGAGAAAUGCUUGAAUACUCGCGAGGCUUGGAUGAAGUCGGGGCUAUAGUGGCUGAGCUUGAGCUGGAAGAAGACGCUUCUGAUCUCUCUUACGACGAAGAUGAAGAUGACCCGGAUUUCGAUACCGAGAUGGAUCUGGACGAAGAUCUUGAGGAAGACGAUUCGGAAGAUGAAUCUGGCAAGAGCAAACAUCCCCUGUCUUUGCCCCGUGGUUAUCAGAAGAAAAUGGAGGAGUUACAGGAGAAGCUGGGGUUGAAGAAUAUUGGACCUCAAUCAGAAAUUGAAACCUCUGUCGAGCACAUCAAGCGUCCCGAACGGCCACCGGCAGCCGAAGCAGCCCGGAAGGCAGCUAUCGCCAGACACGAUAAAUCUAAAAAGGGCAGUUUGAAGACUGCUUUGAGUAAGUCUGAGGACAUCGACAAAUCAGGCAAAGAGAAGCCCAGCAAGAAGAAAGUAGCGUUUUCCACAGACCUGGAUAUUGCUCCUGACAAGCCUCCUGCAAGCACAAGUUCCAUGCCUGACAGACCGUUGCUCAACGAUAGUCAGAAACCAAAAUUGCGACCCAUUAAAGAUUCGGUUAUCGAGCGAGCGGCUGACGAAGAUGAACAAGAGCCUCCUGCACCAACAGCUCCAGCCCCAAAGGCCGCCAAACAGUCAAGGUUCAAAGCCGCGCGCGCAUCUCUACCCCAGACGCCCAAGUUCGCUCCUCCAAUGACAUUCCCAACGGAUAAAGUCAAGGACGCAGAGCCUUUCCCUCAGCCUCCGUCCACAAUCGUUUCUGCGCAACUGGUGGAGCGGCCGUCUCCCCAAGCACCAAAAGCUCCUGAUCCGGAUGACUUUUCGGAGGAUGACCACCGGCGGGAGAUCGCGAUGGAAUAUCAACAACACAGGAUGAAACGUAUACUCUCCCAAGAUGGUGGGUUUCUGGGCAACAGUGAAGACGGUGAGAUAACCCCUCUGGAAGACGAGAACGGGCGGAGAGUCAGCAGGUUCAAGGCUGCAUCAAUCAAGCGAUGA